AUGGCGACUUCUGAUGACAGCAACCCAAGCUCGAACCAGAGUGAAAAGACCCAGGCCAGCUGCAGGAUCCUCAAAAUGAAGGCAUUGAAUUCGAAAACAUCCCCCGGAAGCGCUAUUUCUUUGGCCUUCAAGGAAAGAGCCUCAGACGGAACAUUUCCAUCGCUGGUUCCAUUGGCUUUCUCUUGUUUGGCUAUGACCAGGGUCGGAGCUACCCUCAUGUUCAUCGGGGCAGCACUGCAGGCAUCUUCUUUCGGCGUGCCGCAGAUGAUCGUUGGUCGCAUUGUCUGUGGCUGGGGAAAUGGCUUCAACACCGCCACCACGCCUCUAUGGGUAUCUGAACUCAUUCCGGCGAGAAGUAGAGGGCGCCACGUCGCCAUCCAAGGCAAUCUGAUCGCCCUGGGUAUCAUCAUCGCCUACUACUUCAACAUCGGCCUCUCUUACACAACCGGCGCCGUGCAGUGGAGGACGCCGAUUGCUGCUCAGGGCGUGUUCAUCCUGGCCCAAGUAGCAUGGGUUUAUUUGCUUCCGGAGUCUCCUCGAUGGUUGACAAAACAUAAGAGACACGGCGAGGCGAUAGAUGUGAUUGCCCAACUACACGGGAAAGAAUUCGGCCAUCGCCAUCCCGCAGUUCUCAAACAGAAGAAAGACAUCGACGAAGUUCUGAUGCUGGAGGAGGCCGAUGGACCUUGGCGGAUCCAAGAGGUCUUCAAGAAUGGUCCUCUCAAAAUCCGGCGCAGAUUCCUCCUUGUCAUUGGCAGGUCUUCAGUCCUUGCAAGCUAUGCAGCAGUUGAGCGGUAUCAAUGUUCUCAUAUCGGAUUUUCAUACGAGACUGCCCUGCAAUUCGGUGCCGGUCUUGGUGACACCUACUGGCUGUUUUCGUUCAUCCCAGUCUUCUUCCUGGACGAUAUGGGUCGUCGCAAGCCUCUCAUCUGGAGGGCUGUCGUCUGCGCCUUUUGCUUUCUUAUCGCUGGUCUCCUACAACAAGACGUUACCGCCAUUCGUGCGAAAGCGUCACUGGCAUUCUUCUUCCUGUACGAAGCUGUCUUCACCAUGGGCUGGCUUGCCAUCCCCUGGCUGUACCCAGCCGAGUUCAUGCCCCUGCGGCAUCGAACGCAUUCCGCCGCGCUGGCAACGGCCAGCGACUGGAUUUUCAAUUUCCUGAUUGUGCAGAUUACGCCGGUCUCCAUCGCCAACAUCCGCUGGAAGACGUGCAUGAUUUUCUUCGUGCUCAACCUGUUCUUCGCGGCGGUCAUCUGGCUUUUCUACCCAGAGAUCUCGGGCCGGACGCUCGAGGAGAUGGAUAUGAUGUAUCUAGGGGACAAUGAUCGGCUGAUUGUCGUUGACCGACGGGGGAGGUUGUUGCCGGGGUUCCGGAGCAGAAUGAAUCGUAAUGAGCAUGACCCGGAGAUGACCACUGUCGCUGUCGAUGCUUCGUCUGGGGCAGAUGAGAAGAUCUCUGCUGAGCACAAGGAGUGA